UCAGUAUGCUGGGAUGGCAUUUGCAAUAUUGGGUACAAAACAGCACAUAUGCAUUCAUAUUUAUAAGAAACUAGCAGAUGUUAAUUUAUUUUUUGAAUAUUACAUAAACACCGUUCUAAAAUCAGAAGGGAAUAAGCACAGGACUGAUUCAUAAAACACCAAAUGAAGUACAAAACAGAUUUCCUACGAUGACCAUUCUGGGGUUGUGCGAUCAUGCAGCCAGCAACUCAUCUCCCGAUUCUUUUCUCCAAAUUGAGGGGCGUUUCUAAAAGGUAAGUUUGUGCUCUCAGAAGCCUAUCACGACGAUUCACUGACUAUCAUUUACUUGAGACACUCCAGUCAAUUCUCGCCAAAUUCCGGGACUAGUCACUCAAAGAGCCAAUGAAAGUAAUCACCAGUUCAAACCGGGGCGUAGCAGCUUGCGGCUGGGCGAGGAAACAAAAGAAACAAUAAAGAAAAAAAGCCUUCCGGAACACAUUGAUUUCAAUUUCAACCGGCGCGGGAGCUUUUUUUGUAUUAUUAGUAACCACAUCUGUAAAUAUUUUUAUUUUUUUUAUUUUAACCUAUUUAAAUAUUUUAACAAUGACCAGUAGCACACCAUUACUGGUUACCGAGGAGACGGAGCCCGAGCUCCCGCCGCUGGUUGUAGAAAGGCUGGAAGACCUGGGCCUCGAUGAGCACGGCACGCAGAGCUAUUCAGGGCCGCAGGAAGCCCCGAUCGCUGCGGUACAUGAGCUUCACCAGGCGGCCCGGUUCAGGUUGCUCGGGAGCGUGCUGGAACUGCAGCCGCAGUCGCGACAUCAGCAGCAGGACGAGGAAGGAGAACUGGAAGAGGAGGAAUUAGUCGAGACAGAGCCAAACACGCUCAACACACAGGCCCGUGUACCAUGUUUAGGCUCUGUUAUGCUGCCGGGGUUGGAGGCCCCAGAGACGGUCAUGCUGUAUAGCGGCGGCGUGGAGGACCCCCAGCAGCAGGUCCCCGGGAUGAUAAUGAUACUUCCGCCAGGUUACGGAGAGCAUGGUUUCGAUGGCGAUCGUUCUUCUGUCAUGCGGAGGAAGAGCGUCAACACCACGGAGUGUGUCGAGGUGCCUACCUCCGAGCACGUAGCAGAGAUAGUUGGCAGGCAGGGUUGCAAAAUCAAGGCAUUGCGGGCCAAGACCAACACGUACAUCAAGACACCGGUGCGAGGGGAGGAGCCAGUCUUUGUGGUGACAGGGAGGAAAGAGGAUGUGGCCAUGGCUAAGCGGGAGAUCUUGUCCGCAGCAGAGCAUUUCUCUAUGAUCCGAGCAUCUCGCAACAAGACUGGCCCAUUGACCGGAGGACUCCCCGGUGCCCCCAACCUGCCUGGCCAGAACACCAUCCAGGUGCGUGUGCCUUAUCGGGUCGUAGGUUUAGUGGUGGGUCCCAAGGGUGCCACCAUCAAGCGGAUCCAGCAGCAGACGCACACCUAUAUUGUGACCCCUAGCCGAGACAAAGAGCCAGUGUUCGAGGUGACGGGCAUGCCAGAGAAUGUGGACCGGGCGCGUGAAGAGAUUGAGGCGCACAUUGCCAUGCGAACCGGCAGUUACGUGGAGAUGACUGGGGAGGAGAACGACUUCCACUACAAUGGCACCGAUGUUGGCUUCGAGGGGGGGCCUGGUGGUGGUGGCGCUUGGCUGAACAACCGUGCCCCACCGGGGGGAGGACCCAGUGGCACCCGCGUGAUCUCCAAUUACCGCAACGACAGCUCCAGCUCCCUGGGGAGCGGAUCCACCGAUUCCUACUUUGGGGGCAACCGCAUGGCAGACUUCAGUCCCACCAGCCCCUUCAAUGCAGGCAGCAGCUUCUGGUUUGGGGAGUCAUUGCUGCCCCUGGGCUCUGAAGACCUGGGGGGAGUGGAGUCUCCUAGCUUUGAUUCCCUGACAGCGCAACCUCCUCCACCACAGCAUCAGGUCACCUGGAGCCCCUUUGAGCACGGGAACCCCCUGUCAGGGUUUGAAGGGAAAAAUCAACGGCGGGAUAGCCAGCCCAGCACCCCACGCCUCUCGCCCACCUUCUCUGACAGCCAGGAGCACUACCGGAUGUACACCCAGGCCUUCUCCUACUCCAGCGAGAGCUCCACCUCAAGCUCGCCCCCCGACUCUGCCAGCUCAGCAGGGCUGUGUCAGGGCAAGCGGGACUGCAUCAGGUGCUUCGAGAGCGAGGUGAUUGCUGCUCUGGUGCCCUGUGGCCACAACUUGUUCUGCAUGGAGUGUGCCAACCGCAUCUGUGAGAACAGAGAGCCUUUGUGCCCAGUAUGCCAGGCCCCUGUCUCGCAGGCCAUCAGGAUCUUAAGCAUGUGAAAUCCCAAUGAGAGUUAGUUUUUGAGCUCGAUUGAUGGAUACAGAGGCAUUUGAGUGGGUGAUGGGUUGAGCAGAUGGAAUCUGUUGGUACCAUCUUGUGUGUUGCGUUUUAUUUUUGACUGUUAAUAGGCAAAAGGGGGAAAAAAAAAAAGGUUAGGAUUAGGCUUAAGUUGUUGGUCAUAUAACAUACAUACACAGGGUGUUUCAAAAGCCCUGUCCCAUAAUGGUUUUAUUUCUUAUGUUCUGUUGCAAGCUAGACUCUAAUGUACCGCGAUGGCACAGUAUACACUGCAGUGGGCCAGGGCUUUUGAAACACCCUGUAAUAUAAAUUGUACUCUCCGUCCUCCAUUCCCCCCCUACCCCCCCCCAAUAGCUGCUAAAUUGAGAACAAACUACAUGUUCUGUUGGUCCCCUGCCUGCCUGUUCCAGGGAUGCCAAUUGUAAAAGGGAGAAAGUGGUGCUUACUUUAUUUAUAUUUACGAAAAAAAAGACAUGCGCUUACAUAUCCAAUUUUAAAACCCUAUGAUAUAUAAUCUGCAGACAAGAUUAUUUAGUAGUUGGUCUGGGGUGAAACUCUACUCAAAAAAUAAAGCCACACCUCUUAACUGCCUCUGAUAGUACUGCCAUGCUAUGUAGCCAUUUUUGCAGUUUACAACAACUUGUGCCUAAUUCCACUGUUAACAUUUUUUUUUUUUUUAAAGCAUUCAUGUUUGCAUGGGAAGGGGGUUUACAGUGGAGAGAGGAUCACUGUUACUACAGAUCAGUCAAUCUAGACUGAAGGUAUUAGUGUUUUACAGAAGAAUCUUGGGAGCGUACUUUGCGUAGUCAGUGUAAGAUCAAAGGAUCAAGAAAUCAGUCUGUUUUAACCUUGAUUGUUCAAGUACACCCAAACAGAGCUUUUAAAUGUUUGGAAGCCCACUGGUCCUUCACACAAAAAGGCAUUUGUGCAAGUUUUGGUUGAUAAUGAGGCUGUUCAAACAUUCCAUUAAUAUUACAUUAUUGUUUUAGAAUAAGUGGUUUGAAUUCUGGAGUCUCUUGGUUUUCUCCUGUUUUUAUGUUUGUGUGCAAAGAUCACUGAAAAGAGAUCACCCCCCCAGCCUCCCCUUUUCAAAAAAAAAAAAAAAAACACACCAAAGCUGUAGUCACAAUCAGGGCUCCCUAUCAUAGUCUGCUUUCUUGCCUAUAUAUUUUUUUGAAAAUGUGAAUUGUAGCUUUUACCGAGUAUUCUAGCUGAUGCCUCCCCCCACCUUUUCCUGUAGUGUAAUGCAAUAGUGGGUUUGAGUUGCAGGUGAAGUUUUGACAGGCUGUUUCCAGCUUUUUUAAGUUUAAGUAGCAGUGUUGUCAGUCUUCAUGUAGCAUACCAAGGGAGCCUAUUUAUUUUGUGAUGAUUUGCAGUGUCCUGGAUGAGAAGAGAUGGGUGGUUAAAACUAGUUUUCAGAUUGGCUGUGUGUGCAGCUAGUCCAGACACGGCUCUCCUGUUAGUAUGAUCCUCAACCAGUUACAUUAGACAAACUUAGUCCAGGAGCCCAAUGGACUUUCCUGCAAUAAUUGUUCAACAGUAAUUAUUUCCAAAACCAAAACAAGCAAACAAAAAAACCACUUAAUUGGUUGUGCUUCACUGAUCAAGGUUAACAUUGGCUUUUUUGCAUGUGUUAAACUAGUAACCAAUAUAUAUAUAUAUAUA